AUGGCUCGAGCAGAAAUUAAACUUUGCUCUUUGUUGCUGCAAGAGCAUUUUGGAGAGAUUGUAGAAAAAAUUGGAGUCCACCUAAUCAGAACUGGCAGCCAGCCACUGAGAGUAAUUGCCCACAACACAGGAACAUUGCUGGAUCAGGUGAAAAAAGCCCUUUGUAUGCUCAUCCAAUAUAACCUGGUGAUAUAUCAAGUGCAUAAACGUGGUGUAGUGGAGUAUGAAGCCCAGUGCAGCGGGGUGUUGCGAAUGCUUAGGUAUCCCCAGUACAUCUAUACUGCCAGAACACUGUAUAGUGACACUGGAGAGCUCAUUGUGGAGGAGCUGCUAUUGAAUGGCAAAAUGACAAUGUCAACGGCAGACCGACUCACAGAGACUAUGGAGGAUGGCAAGACCAUGGACUAUGCUGAGGUAUCAAACACAUUUGUGCAGCUAGCAGACACACACUUUGUACAGUGUUGCCCGUGGAUGCCUGCCACUGAGAAUUCAGACCCGGGGCCACCGCGACCUGCCCCCAUUCUUGUCAUCAGUGAAAAGGACAUGUACCUGGUUCCUAAACUGAGCUUGAUGGGGAAAGGUAAAAGGAGAUCAUCUGAUGAAGAUGCUGCUGGGGAGCCCAAAGCCAAGAGACCAAAAUAUAGCACAGAUAACAAAGAGCCCAUUCCAGAUGAUGAGAUUUAUUGGCAGGCCAACCUUGACAGAUUCCACCAGCACUUUCAUGACCGAGCCAUUGUCAGCGCAGUUGCCAACAGGAUGGACCAGACCAGCAGCGAGGUCAUGUGGCCCAUGCUUCAGAUGAGUGAGAUUACCACGCCCUCUACUGACCCCUUCACCCAGCCACUGUCUUCCAAUGAGAUCUUCAGAUCCCUACCUGUUGGCUGUAACAUCUCUAAACAAGUUUUCGAUCUGUAUCUCACUCUACUGGCAGAUGGUCCACUAGAGUUUGUUGGAAAGUUUGGCGACGGUGGUGGAGGAAUGUAUGUCAUCAACCUGCAUAAAGCUCUAGGAUCCCUAGCCACAGCCACUCUGGAGUCUGUCAUACAGGAGAGGUUUGGGUCUCGCUGUGCCAGAAUAAUCCGUUUAGUUUUGCAAAAGAAACACCUGGAACAGAAGCAGGUAGAAGACUUUGCAAUGAUUCCAGCAAAGGAGGCAAAGGAUAUGCUUUAUAAGAUGCUCUCAGGAAAUUUCAUAUCACUCCAGGAAAUUCCCAAAACGCCAGACCAUGCCCCAACCAGGACCUUCUAUUUAUACAGUGUGAACAUCCUGUCAGCUGCCCGAAUGUUGCUGCACAGGUGCUACAAGAGUGUAGCCAACUUGAUAGAAAGGAGACAGUUUGAAACCAAAGAGAACAAGCGUCUACUAGAAAAGUCUCAGAGGGUGGAAGCCAUCAUUGCAUCUAUGCAGGCUACAGGUGUAGAGGAGGUACGGCUCCAAGAAAUAGAGGAGAUGAUCACAGCACCCAAACGCCAGCAGCUACAAACCCUGAAGCAUAAUGUCAACAAGUUGGAAGCCAGUGAGAUCCAGGCGGAUGAAACCAUCUUCCUGUUGGAGUCAUAUAUUGAGAGCACCAUGAAGAGACAAUGA